GUUUUAUUCCUUAUAUUAAAAUUACAAAAUUCUAAUUGCUAAACAAUUGUGUGUUUUAUAUCCACGAGGGUCUACUAAACGUAAAUAGCCAGAGGAAAUUAAAAAAAUGCACACCAAGCAAAAGCUUUGAAUGAAAACAGUGGGGGGUGGGGGACACUGCCCCCUCCUCGCCCUCCCUUGAUGGCACCCCUGGUUCUAAUAAAAACACUUCCUUUCUUAAAUCUAGACAAUAAAGUUAAAUGUUUAAAACAAUUKCCUAAACAAAGAAAACAAAGUUUUCUCCCUCUAAAAGCAUACAAGUCGUGGGCUGAGUUUUGUAGUGAUCAGCCCUGAGCCUCGGCUGCUGCUGGGGAACAUUCUCUGCCUGCUCUGACAUGUGGCGCUGGUGUCAGUCUGUCAGCUGGAGCGGUGCGUGGACAGGCUUCUCGUUUUGUUGGGAACUUUAUGUAAAGUGAGUCAACACGGCUCAGGGAGGACGCCACCCAGCCCUGCCGCUGCUGGAUCCGGGGCUUCUGCUCCCAGGAAACCACACACGCACACACACAGUUCUCUCGGGUCUUCAGCUGGGGGAUACUUUUUUCGUUUUUUAUUUUUUUAAAACUUGCUAUACCUCCGCACAUACACGUACACACGCGCGCGCGAGCACCAGGGGAUAAUGAUCGCGGUUCGGACGCGUCUUUCCUCUCUUUGGAUGCACUAACUAACACGGCGGAGGAGACAUGAAAGUGACGGUGUGUUUCGGGAGAACGCGAGUGGUCGUUCCGUGCGGAGAUGGGAAUUUUAAAGUCCAGAACCUCAUCGAGCAAGCUAUCAUGAGGUAUAAGAAAGCCACUGAAAAGGACCCCAACUAUUGGGUUCAGGUCCACAGGCUUGAACAUGGAGAUGGAGGGAUUUUGGACCUCGAUGAUAUGCUGUGUGAUGUGGUGGAUGACAAAGAUAGGCUGGAAGCAGUAUUUGAAGAGCAGGAUCCACACAAUGGCGGUGACGGUACCAGUGCCAGCUCCACUGGAACUCAGAGUCCGGAUCCCUUUGCCAAUGGAAUGAGUUCAGCUUCGGCUUUUCAACCUUACCAAGCAAACAGUGAGAUUGAGGUUACUUCAUCUGCUCUGCGAUCUAGCAUGUCUCUCAAUGUCCGUCGCAGCAGCGAUCCCUCCUUGGCUGACCUUCAUCCAGGUGAAAUUGUGGUUGGUCAAGAGGAACCAUCAAGAAAGAACCCAAGUUGUUGGUCCACAACUGCUGGUUUCCAGAAAGUCAACCAUAAGCCAAGCAGAAGUGGUGGACCAAGCAGCCUUGAACAAAAGGGUAGAGGAACCCAAGCCUAUCGAAGCCUUCCUCGGAAUGCGAGUGGCUGGACUGCUCAGUUUCAUAGAGAGUUGACCCGAUCCUCCCUUAGUGCUAACCAUCCAAUGGUGGACCGAUGGCUUGACCGACAGGAACAGGAAGACGAUGAAGAGGAGCAGGAAGUAGAGCAAAGAAAAGAAGAAAGAAGAAUUGAGCGGAUAGAGCCAGUAGGGAGGGCUGACUCUUCACUGGAGCGUUCACCUGUGUUAAGCAUAGAAGGCAUGCUCAAACCAGUUGAAGUGUCCAAUGAAGGAGGGCCCCUGGGAAUCCARGUAGUCCCUUUCAGUUCGCAUGAUAUUAGGACACAAGGUUUGCUGGUGAAGCGUUUGGAGCCUGGAGGGAAAGCUGAGCAGGAAUGUCUCUUCCAGGAGAACGACUGCAUAGUGAAGAUUAAUCAAGGAGAUAUUCGCAACCUGCGCUUUGAACAAGCACAGAACAUCUUCAGGCAGGCCAUGCGCUCCCGGGUCAUCCUCUUCCAUGUGGUACCUGCGUCCAUGAAGCGGCCGUAUGAGCUGCUGUCGGCGCAGAGCGAACCCAGCACGCCCCAGUCGAGUAGGGUCCGCUUUAGCCAGGACUCACAGCAUUCAGCGAACAGGUCAAGUCUGGUUGCAGGGUUUCCAUCUAAAUCUGGACAACUACCAGGUCUAAACCACAAUCACCAGAGCCCCCUGGCUGGAAGCACCCCAGAUCCAAGUCGACGAAAUGUUACUUUACCCCACAUCGCAGUCUCCAGAACUUCCUCGGCCCUCUCACCCUCCCUUCAACGUAGAGUAAGCACAACCGCAUCCAACAGCACCUACCUGAAGAAAAAAGGCCGCAGCUUCAACAUCAAGCUGAAAAAAGGUCCAGAGGGUCUUGGUUUCAGCAUCACGUCUAGAGACGUCCCUAUUGGUGGAAGUGCUCCCAUUUUCAUCAAAAACAUCCUUCCUCGAGGGGCCGCCAUCCAAGAUGGUCGACUGAAAGCUGGAGACCAACUUCUAGAGGUAAGUGGAGUGGACCUGAGUGGAAAGAGCCAAGAAGAGGUGGUGGCCCUGCUUCGAGCUGCACCCAUGGGGGGGCUUGUGAACCUGUUGGUGCUUCGUCCAGAGGACUCCGCGCUGCCCCGAGAAGUGUGGGCCUCAUCAUUUUAUCAGCUUAGCCAACACGAGGAAGAUGACUUGGUGUUAACCCAGGAUGGUGCACAAGAUUUUAUGACAUUUGAGAUCCCARUGAAUGACUCCGGCUCAGCGGGUUUGGGGGUCAGCGUCAAGGGGAACCGGUCAAAGGAGAACCAGGCUGACCUGGGCAUCUUCGUGAAAUCUAUUAUUAAUGGAGGGGCAGCGAGCAAGGAUGGACGUCUUCAUGUCAAUGACCAGCUCAUCGCUGUAAAUGGGGAGUCGUUGCUCGGCAUGACUAACCAGGAUGCCAUGGAAACCCUCCGCAGGUCCAUGUCGGUAGAGGGCAACAAGCGAGGAAUGAUUCAGCUCAUUGUGGCUCGGUGGAUGGGAAGAGACAGUGAGGGGGUCCCUGUCAGCCCUCCUCUGUCAGAGCAUUCUCUUAACUCUUUACUGGACGGCCUUGACCGUCGGAUCUCUCAAUCAUUCGGCGAAACAACUGAAGACCUCUCCAAAACACAAGCUAAUGUAACGUCACGCAAUGGUCACUACCAGCUCUCACCGACAGUGAACAUGCCGCAAGAUGACAUAGUGAUGAUUGAAGACGAUAGGCCGCCCCUGCUUCCUGCUCACCUGUCUGACCAGUCAUCCUCCAGCUCCCACGACGACAUAGGCUUUGUGGGAGAAAACCCUCAACCGUGGAUGCAUGACAUCCCUGGUCACAAUGAAUGMUCACUAAGUCCAGAUGCAGACCCUGACGUUUCAUUCCAGAGGGAGGGCUUUGGUCGACAGAGUAUGUCCGAAAAGCGUAUCAAGCAGUACGACAAUGCUUCUCAACUGGAGAUCAUCAAGAACCGCAAGUCCAAGAGCAUGGAUCUAGGUUCUGCAGAGCAAGUGGUWGGACCCACAUUGGGUCUGAAAAAUUCCAGCUCCCUGGAAAACCUUCAGAGGGCUGUUGCUGCAGCUACUGUGAGAGAUAAAAUCAACGUCCAAAGGAUGCACUCAGGUAUCAUCAGAGGACGCUGCUGCAAUGAGAGCUUCCGUGCUGCUAUUGACAAAUCGUARGAGAAAUCUGGACCUGCAGCAAGAGAAGAGAACAGCACUGAGACAUUGGACGAGGACACAGAGGACAGCUACCGGUCAGGUCGCGAGUCGAUAUCCACCAGCGGCGACCUCAGUGUCCACAGCGGGAUGGACGACAGGCAGAAAGAUGUUGCCAAAGUCGGGCUGAGAGAACCUAAGAAGAUGGAGAGUGAGAAAGACAAGGACAAGAACAAAGCAAAGAAGGGCGUGCUGAAGGGUUUGGGUGAAAUGUUCAGAUUUGGAAAAAGCAAAAGGGACGAGCGGCCAGAUGACAAGAUGGAAAGAAAAAAAUCCAGUAAAUUUAAAACUGAAGAGUUGCAAGCGUCAGAGGAGGAGACCCAUCAAAUGAGGCCGGAACAAGAAAGAAUCCAAGCCGAUGCACAAGAAAUCCAGGUGGCCAAGGAGCGAGAAUACGCCGAAAUUCAGGACGUUGUCAGCCGCACUUUCAGCUCAGAUGAGGAGCACACUUAUGCUGGGAUUGGCUCGAUCGGCUCAUCUGCAGGUAGCAGCAGCUUAGAUGCCUACAAUCACCACUACCAUCUCCCUCAGAGUCCGCAGAGCCCACCUCCUUCACUGAACCUACAGAGCAAUGGCCCGCCACUGGAGGCGCUUUACGCUCAGGUUAAUAAGCGUCGCAAUGAACGUCCUGCAGCUCCCGAAAGGUAAAGAACUUUCCUCUUUAUUCACAAUAUGAAAUGUUCCAAUGCUCUCUAUUAUUCUUAUUUGUUGAAAUUAUACUUAGGCACUGAUUUCACUUGAAAAGCUCUGGAAAUGUUAACCACUUUCUGAUUUAAUAUGAUGAAAAUACCAAAUGUUUUAUAUUAUUAUGAAAUGAUAAAUAUCCCAUUACAACAUGGAAGUUUCAGUUCUUUUAUGUAAGCUUACAUGGGGAGUCCCAAAGAGCUUGUGACAUAGUUUGCAGACUCCCCAAUGCUUUUAAAUAUCUCAUAUUUUUUGUGAAAUAAUCUGAUUCAUGUAAAACUAAUGUCAGACUACACAGCUGAGAGUAAAGUAUUAACAUUUUUUUGAAAUAGACGAUAAAGGAUUUUCAUAGGCAAACUUGAAACAAGUUAAAUGUUGAGGACAUGUCAUGGUACUUUCUUUCUAAUAAUUUAUUUUAAAAUUCACAUUAUAUUACAAGGCAUAUCAAUCACCCUAA